AUGCAGCGGUCGAGAGUCGAGGCUCUUCUUGCAUCCUUUCCGAAGCUGGCAGACAGUGGAACGCAGCAUACGACGGUGGAGCAGGAUAAUGUCCGCUUUGUGUACCAACCUCUCGACGAACUCUACAUGGUUCUCAUCACCAAUCGCCAGUCGAACAUCCUUCAAGACAUCGAUUCGCUACACCUAUUUGCACAAGUUGUCACCAGCACAUGCAAGACUUUGGACGAGAGGGAGAUAUUGAGGAAUGCAUAUGAGCUUUUAAGUGCGUUUGAUGAGCUGGUAACCCUUGGGUACCGGGACAAUCUCACACUCAGUCAAAUCAAGACAUUCUUGGAGAUGGAGAGUCAUGAAGAGAGGAUACAGGAUAUCAUUUCCAGAAAUAAGGAGUUGGAGGCAACAGAGGAGCGGAAACGGAAAGCCAAGCAAUUGGAAAUGCAGCGCAAGGAGGUUUCGAGAAGCGGCAGGAACGCCAUCCCUCGCACACCUGUCUAUCCCACAUACACACCUCCCGCCCGGUCUUCAGUUACCGAUACCUACGACUCGUAUGAGGCCGAGAAAAACAAAUCCUUCAAAGCAACUGCACCAAAGGGGAAAGGCAUGCAAUUGGGCAAAAAGUCGAAAACUACCGACAUGUUCGAGCGUGUUAAGGGCGAAUUAGGCCCCGAGGCAGAAGAGAGGGUGGCAUCUUCCUUGGUGCCGACCCACCCUACACAAGCACCUGCUGAGCACGCAGCACGUACCUCUACUUCCCUAGAUCGUGACGCGAUUCACAUUACAGUUGCAGAGACGAUAAACGCAAGACUAUCGAGGGAAGGAUCCUUGGAUUCGUUGGAAAUCAAGGGUGACUUGCAGCUCAAGAUUUCAGACGCGACACUCACAAAGAUCAAACUUGAUCUCGUGGCCAAUUCGAGCCACGGGGUUCAAUUCCGUACCCAUCCCAAUGUCGACAAAGGUGUCUUCAACAGCUCUAAAGUCGUGCAAAUGAGCAACAUAGCUAAGGGAUUCCCUGUGAACAACUCUGUUGGCGUUCUACGAUGGAGAGCUACACCGAAGGCAGAUGAUGCUAGCGCCGUCCCUAUAACAUUUACGGUUUGGGUAAAUAGGGGCUCGGAUGACACGUACAACAUCACCGUUGAGUAUGAGCUCACUGGAGGUGAUCCGUUGAAAGAUGUGACCGUCAUAAUCCCCUAUGCCACUAGCGAACCAUCAGUGUCUAGCUUCGAUGCCACGUACGAAGUCUCAGGCGACAGCUUGGAAUGGACAAUUGGCCAGGUUGAUGAGGACAAUGCGACUGGCUCAUUUGAAUUUGAAGCACAGGCUGGGGAUGAGAAUGAGUUCUUCCCAAUGCAGGUGAAGUUCAGCAAAACCAAGCCUUUUAUCGAUGUUGAUGUUACCGACGUGACACUUCUAGAACUGGACGAAACUGUUACAUUUUCAAAGGAGAUCAAGUCUGUCGCUGACUCAUACUUGAUUGAAUAA